AUGCCGCCAAUGAUACCCGCUGCCAAGAAGGCUCCUUCGCUGAAGCUGCUCAUAGCGAGGUUGAACGAUGUCCAGGCUUCCUUCAACGACAUCUGGCGUUUUGUGGAGGACUAUGAGGAAACGUCAACGGUUACGGAUGUUGACAUCCGUUUAGAGAAAAUUGAUGAACUGUGGGAGAAGUUUUGUGACACUUUAGUUGAGAUUAGGGCACAUGAGGAUUAUCUCGCGGAUGAGGAAUCAUACGAUAAGGAACGACAGGAGUUCAGUGAUAGAUAUUAUCGAGCCAAAUCAUUCCUCGUAGACAAAUCCAAAAGGUUGCAGGGUCCAUUGGUACUAGAGCAGUCCGUCCGAACAAACGACUCAGUUGGUUUUGGUGCUGAUCGUGUGCGUCUUCCUCAAAUAAGUCUACCGUCGUUCAAUGGGGAUAUAGAUGAGUGGCUGAGUUUCCGUGACCUCUUCACUUCGCUCAUCCAUUAUAAAACUGAGUUGCCAGCAGUGGAAAAGUUCCACUACCUCAAGGGAUGUCUUCAGGGGGAACCGAAGAGCCUGAUAGACCCGCUGAAAAUUACGACGGCCAACUAUCAGAUCGCCUGGGAAAUGUUGUUGAAGCGGUUUGACAAUAGUAAACAGUUGCGGAAGCGUCAAGUUCAAGCACUGUUUCUUCUUCCAACAUUGACUAGGGAAUCGGUCAGCGAACUUCACACACUACUAGAGGGAUUCGAGAGGGUCGUGAAAAAUUUGGAUCAAGUGGUAGAACCAGAGGACUACAAAGAUCUAUUGCUGGUUGAUAUACUCACAGCACGACUCGACCCAGUAACACGUAGGGGCUGGGAGGAAUUCUCAUCGACUAAGGAACAAGACACGCUGUCUGAUUUAACGGAUUUCAUUCGGCGGCGUGUUCAAGUACUCGAAUCUCUUCCCAGUAAAUCGGUGGAUUCCAGAGGACCACAACAGUAUUCGAAACUAAGACCGGCGUCUACAAAGGCAAGUUACAGCAUCGUGCAAGGUUCCGAAGCACGUUGUGUGGCAUGUAAAGGAGAUCAUCCGUUAUAUCAGUGUCCAGUGUUUCAACGUCAAGAGGUAGCGGAAAGAGACGCAUUAUUGAGAACCCAUUCGCUCUGCCGCAAUUGCUUCAGGGUAGGACAUCAGGCGAAGGAUUGCAAAUCAAGGUUUUCCUGUCGGACUUGCAAGGGUCGGCAUCAUACGUUGGUCUGCUUCAAGAUCGAUAGAGAAGGUUCCACGAAAGUUACGGUGGUCGCAAGGGGCAACCAUCAGCAGCAUAGCAAGGAAACGAGGUCAUCGGCAUCAAGUUCAACACAAACAGCAAACGUGUCAACUAAAGCGGUUUGUUCUGCGCAGCAGUACUCAUCCCAGGUGUUACUGGCUACGGCUGUUGUCAUAUUGGUGGAUGAUAGCGGUCAGAGGUUCCCCGCCCGAGCAUUAUUGGACUCAGGGUCCAAAAGUAAUUUUGUUUCCGAACGGUUGAGUCAGCGGAUGAAUGUCAACCGAGAAAGCGUGGACAUAUCGGUUCUUGGAAUAGGACAAGCAGCGACUCAAGUCAAACACCGAAUUCGAGCGAUGGUACAGUCACGAGUUUCUGAAUACUGCCGAGACAUGGAUUUCCUAGUUUUGUCGAAAGUCACGGUGAAUCUUCCGACCUUGACGGUGAAUACAAAGGGGUGGUCGAUUCCAAAGGGCAUUGAACUGGCCGAUCCUGCAUUCUUCCAAUCCAAGGGUGUGGAUAUCGUUUUGGGUAUAGAAGCUUUCUUCGAAUUUUUUGGAACUGGUGGAGUGAUUUCGUUGGGUGAGAGACUGCCAGCAUUGAAUGAGUCAGUCUUCGGCUGGGUAGUAUGUGGAGGCUUGUCGGUACCAAGUCAAUCCAUUCAGGUCAACUGCAACAUAUCCGCUUCGGGAAGUUUGGAAUCCUUGAUUGCUAGAUUUUGGGAAUGUGAAGAGAUUGGAUCAACAAAUCAUUAUUCACCGGAGGAAGUUCAAUGUGAGGAACAUUUUAAUCGAACGGUAAAGCGUGAAAUGGACGGUCGAUAUACAGUGGCUUUUCCCAAGGACGAUGGCGUUCUGAGCAGACUAGGGAAAUCCGAGGAAAUCGCACUACGUCGACUUCAGGGAACGGAAAGAAGAUUAUCACGCGAUUCCAACUUACGGGAUCAGUAUUUGGCUUUCAUGCAGGAAUAUCUUCGACUCGGUCAUAUGCUUAAGGUUGAAAAAGUUUCUGGUGAGGUUCAACGGUGUUAUUUGCCUCAUCACCCGGUAGUCAAGGAAGCCAGUACUACCACAAAACUACGGGUGGUCUUCGAUGCUUCGUGUAAAACCUCAACCGGAGUAUCGUUGAAUGAUGGAUUGCUGGUGGGGCCAGUGAUCCAAGAAGACCUACGAUCGAUCAUCAUUCGGUGCCGCACGAAACAGAUCAUGCUCGUUGCCGAUGUGGAAAAGAUGUUCCGGCAAAUCAACGUCUGUCCAAAGGAUAAAUCCCUGCAAUCUAUUUUGUGGCGUUUUUCUCCCGACGAUGAGCCGGAGACCUACGAGUUGGGCACAGUAACGUACGGUACUAAGCCAGCACCAUUUCUCGCUACUCGUACUCUCAAGCAGUUAGCCAUGGAUGAUGGCAGUCGUUUUCCAUUAGCAGCAAGGGCGGUGUGCGAGGAUGUAUACAUGGACGACAUCAUCACCGGUACAGAUGAAGUAAUGUCAGCAAUCGAGCUGAGGAUUCAACUCGACAAUAUGAUGAAUUCCGGUGGCUUUCACCUCCGGAAGUGGGCGUCAAAUCAUCCGAUGGUUUUGGAGGGAAUCGCAGAAGAUGCCUUAGCGAUUCGAGACGUGGAGGGUAUCAACUUGGACCCAGAUCCGUCAGUGAAGACACUUGGCCUAACAUGGAUGACGAACACCGACACUUUCAGGUUCCAGUUCAACAUUCCGAUACUGGACACCAGCACAGGACUUUCCAAGCGAAAAAUUCUAUUAGUCAUUGCCACGCUUUUCGAUCCUCUUGGUCUCUUGGGUGCUGUCAUAACCAGAGCCAAGAUUAUAAUGCAAUUAUUGUGGAUGUUAAAGGAUGAGAACGACGAAAAUUUGAACUGGGAUCACCCAGUCCCUUCGACGGUGGGUGAGACCUGGCGAUGUUAUCACCGACAACUACCGCUAUUGAACGAAAUACGCAUUGAACGCUGCGUGAUCAUACCCGAUGCGAUCCUCGUCGAGAUACAUUGUUUCUCAGAUGCGUCCGAGAAGGCAUAUGGAGCAUGUGUCUACAUAAAGAGCAUGGAUUCGAGUUGA